CCAUGCUGCUCUUCUUGCCUAGCUAGCUUGCUUCAUCAUCAACCUCUCGCCAGGCCGGCCGGCCAAUGCUAUUAAAUUUCCUCCAUUAGCUUCCAAGCUUCCCUCCUGCCUCCCCGAUUCCCCCAUUGCCUUGAUAUCCCCGGGCGCCCAGGCCCCGGUCUCGCUUUAAUCGACCCGUUCCCGCCAUAUAUUCUUCUUCUCUGCCUCGAAGCUAGCCGGAAGAAGAAUCAAGCUAGGUGCUAGCAGCAUCUUUGAUUUGCAGCCGCAGAGAGCGCGAAUUGAGGAGGGAUGCUGGGAGUGAUCCCCAAGUCGAGGAGAGCCGCGGCGGCCGUGGAGCUCGGGUCGCCGCCGACGAUGAAGAAGAAGACGAGCCCUCCUUCUCCUUCUCCGGCGACGGUGGCGGCGGGGGGGAAGGUGGCCGCGGAGGAGGUGUGGGAGGUCCGGCCGGGCGGGAUGCUCGUCCAGAAGCGCGACGCGGGGGGCGACGAGGAGAUUCAGCCGGCGCUGAGCUCGGUGAAGCCGGUGCCGACGAUCCGUGUCAAGGUGAAGCAGCACGGCGGCGCGACCCACGAGAUCUACAUCAGCGCGGAGGCGACGUUCGGGGAGCUGAGGAAGAUGGUGGCGGAGCGGACGGGGGCGCACCCGGAGGACCUCAAGGUGUCGUACAAGGACAAGGCGCGGGACCCCAAGGCGUUCCUCGACAUGGCCGGCGUCAAGGACCGGUCCCGGAUCGCCGUCGCCGACGACCCCGAGGCCCGCGCCCGCCGCCUCGUUGAGGAGCGCCGGGAAGGGCACCUCCGCAAGGCCGCCGCCGCUGUCAGUGCCGUCGCCGCCGAGGUCGACAAGAUCGCCCCCAAGGUGGAGGCGAUGGAGGCGUCGGUGAGGAAAGGGGAGAAGGUGGCGGAGAAGGAUUUGGUGACGGUGACGGAGCUGCUCAUGAACGAGCUGCUCAAGCUCGACGCCGUCGUCGCCGGCGGCGACGUCAAGGCCCAGCGCCGGGUUCAGGUGAAGAGGGUGCAGAAGUACGUGGAGACGCUGGACGCCGUGGCGGCCAAGAACGCCGCCAUCGUUUGCAAGCCAGCCGCCGGGAAGCAGAAGCCGCAGCCGCAGCCACAGCCGCAGUCUCUUCGCCAACAGCAGCCGCCGCAGCAGCAGACACAUCGCCAGCAGCAGCAGCAGCAGACUCAGCGCCAACAGCAGCAGCAGCAGCAGCCGACGCGGUGGGAGAUGUUCGACCUGCUGUCGUCGCUGCCGUCCACGUCGUCGGCGGCCUCCUCCACCACCACCGUCAGCUCCACGGCGUCCUCCGGCGCGCCGCCGCAGGCCAACCGCCUCGACUGGAUGCUCUGAUUCUGAAGGAAACCGCAUUACAUUGCCCCAGCAACGGCCAAGGGAAAUCCAAGAGAUCUGCUUUGAUGAGAAAAUGAUUGAAUUGGAUUCGGUUGGAUCAUGCAUGUGCUUAGUUCAUCAUGCGAGAGAUGUCAAAAGUGUUUCUUCUCCUUCUUCUCUUUUUCUUCUUCUUCUUCUUCUUGGUCAGUCAUCAAAUGUUUGAUAUGAAUUCUUUUUGUGUGCAUACUCCGUCAGAGAAAGGGAAAACAGCGUCGACCAAAGCUAGUUUGGAAUAUCAUCAUGCAACAAAGUGUGCUACUGUAGUAAAAAUUCAGAUUGGGGGAAAUAUGUCAAAGACUAGAGUUGUGUACACAAAUACAUACAUUGUUCGGUCCUUCAGUCUGGAUUCAUUUCCCCACUUUUUUCUGUUAAAACAAAACAAAAAAAGGGAUCAAUUUUUCUGC